UAGUUCUCUUGACUUGACAGUUGAAGUUGAGGAAAGAAGCGAGAGGGAAACAAACAAACAUCGAAAAGAAUAAAUACACAAAGAAAUCGAAGAGAAUGCGAUUUUAGGGUUUUGAGGGUUUUUCAACGAAUUUGAAAUUUCGAGCGAAAAUGGCUCUCACAAGCGUGAAAAUGUCUGAAGAAGUUUGGUUAACUUGCGCAACUCAUGGAUUCACCACUGAAUCGGAAGAGAUCAUGGGUCUUCUCCUUGGCGACAUCGAGCAUUCGAAGAAUGGGGCUGUGACUGCAUUGAUAUGGGGAGCGUCUCCUCAAACAAGGUCCGAUCGGAGAAAAGAUCGCGUUGAAACUAAACCUGAACAGUUGGCUGCUGCUUCAGCUCUUGCUGAUAGAAUGACUGUUUCAACUGGAAGAAUAACCAGGGUGAUAGGAUGGUACCAUUCACACCCUCAUAUUACUGUUUUGCCUUCACAUGUUGAUGUGCGGACUCAGGGAUUGUAUCAACUUCUUGAUUCUGGGUUUAUUGGGUUGAUUUUUUCUUGUUACAAUGAAGAUGCAACCAAGGUAGGGAGAAUUCAAGUAAUUGCUUUCCAGUCAUCUGAUGGGAAGCAGAAUAACAUGUUAAGACCCGUACCACUGUCUCCUGUAAAUAGAAGCUCCAUUAUUAAUAUUGAUUCAUCACCAAGUACCUCAGAGAAUGUACCAACAAGGUCUAACUUCAAGGCAGAUAAUUCAGAGCAAGACACUGGCGAUUCAAGAAAUGCGGGUACUAGUAAGGGUGGGGGGAGAUCUUUAGAAUUGGGGAGUUUCUUCGCUAAUGCUGAUGCCAACUAUCAGGAGAGUAGAAAAGAUGCUGGAAACUAUCUUCUCACCAAUUCAGACACCACCGGAGUUGAUGAUCCCAUGGAUAUGUCAGAAAGUAUGCAGGAAGCUAUGCACCGUUCAAAUUUGGACACGAGUGGUGCAGAGUUUGUAAGAAAAGAAAUCCCCCUCUAUGUUUUGCCAUCUUUGUCUCUUGUCAACCUUGAUUCACCACUAUCAUCAUACACGGAUCUGCAACAUGUACUGUUUGAAGAGGAGCGGACCGCAUAUAAUCAGGCCAUCUUACAAAAUACAAGGGACGGGAAAACACAUCCACUCACUUUCAUACACCACACUUCUACUUAUCAGGCUUCCUUAUGCAAGUUGAUUGAAUAUUGUUUAAGUCCUGCAAUAAACGCACUUCAAGAUCGACUCAGGGAGAAUGAAUUUCGGUUAGCAGUUCUGAGUGAAGAAGCCAAGAGUAUGGAGGUGGAGGCGUCUAUGUCUAGAGGGACUGAAGCAAGUGUGGGAUCUCCCCGUCGAAUUGCAUCUCCUACACAACAAGGAAAUUUGUCUCCUCGUCAGAGAAACUCACCGGGUUCAGGUGAAUCUCCUGGUUCGAAAAGUGUAUCCAGUCCUAGUAGCCGGAGCAAAAGAGGAUAGUAACAUUGAAUUCUCUUUGGAUGUACUGCUUCAAACGACAUGACAAUGAUGAUUAGUGAUGAUUUUGCUAGAGUGGUACAUACAUAGAAUGUACAUGGUAAUGGUGUUACACUUCACAAAGUUUGGUAGUUUGAAAAUGAUGCUAAAUGGAAUAUUUUGCUAGUUGGAGUCGUUUACCUGUUGUAUAAUACUUGAAAGAACAAAUUGAAACGAUCAAUUACAUUCAUGGUUGGUUUA